AUGGCCUGCAACAGCACAGAUCUGACGUCUCUCCGUUUAGGCGACGACACCGUCAAGCGCACGGACAACUUCAGGUACAUAGGAUCUGUGCUUGAUGCGUCAUCUGUGCUUGAUGCAUCCGGGAACAUCGAUCGCGACAUCAAGGCCCGUAUAUCAGCGGCCUGGGCGAAAUGGCGCGAGGUGACGGGUGUCAUUUGUGACCCCAAAAUGCCGGUCAAGCUGAAGGGACAGAUCUAUAAGACCAUCAUAAGGUCUGUCCUUACGUACGGCAGUGAGGCGUGGCCGGUGCUGGAGUGA